AUUGCCUCCAGCACUCGAAGGCUUCUUGCUUCCCGCAAGCACCUGCACGUCCCGUCCUCUCUUCUCUCGCAGAGAACUAACAUUUGCUGGUCGGCAUGAGCGGUGACAUGUAACCGGGGGUACAGGAGGCACUGUCCUCAAAGACCGUGUGGCAAAGCGACGCCGCGGACUGACUACGGAUUAGUUGCAAUCUCUACUCAUUUUCGCGCAGUUUGUGAGGACAAAUUGAAGAUUGUGUCUAAGAUCAAUUGUUUCAAAGACGAGCUCUGGAAUUAGGCCUGGGACAGGAUUCCAACGGUCUCAUCUUUCAUGACGUCUGUGCCGUUCGAAAAGCUGCCUAAACGCAGCCUCUCAACCCUCAAAAACUUGCGUCAAGAUUUGCAGGUAUGAAAGAGCUUAAUCAGAAGGCUACUAUCACCACAGCUAACGGCGAGGCACCAACGUAGAGCAACAAAGAUUUGCCUCAACGGGAUUGAGUAUACAGUCAUUGAUUUCCUCAUUUUACCUCCCAUGCGGACUUUGAGGCUAAUGAGGGUGUUACGAUCCAAGCAUGCCAAAUUACGUUUCAUGCGCUUUGGCUCUGCAUCCCAGUUGGAGCAGCUGUUGUGAAAGUUUCACCUCCUCAUCGUGAUCAUAAAGAAUUCACAGGUGUGGUUAGCUGUGGUGAUAAUAACCCUAAUCUGAUUUAGGUCUUCUACAGCUCUUCUACAACUGCAAAUCUUUACACUGAUCUUCGAGGAUAACGCAACUUCCUUGUGGUUCGAAUAGUUUAAUGCUCGAAGCACCAGGACAUUGCGUUUAAGUAGCUAUCGAACGGCAUGGAGGAAGAGACCAUUGGAUCUCAGGGUUUUAUAGUAACCCUAAUCCUUCUGAUUUAGCUCUUCUACAAGUGCAAAUCUUUACACUGGCUUUCGAGGUUAACGCAACAUCAUUCUGGUUCGAAUAGUUUAAUAAUCGAACCACCAGGACGUUGCGUUUAAGCAGCUCUUCGAACGGCAUGGAGGAAGAGACCAUUGGAUCUCAGGGUUUGUUCCAGAGCUCGUUCUUGAAACAGUUGGUCUUGGAUACGUUGGAGUGGAAAGGAGCCUUGUUGCUGAAAGCAUUGGCCGAAGAUGAUGUCAACCGAUCCAUUGAAUGUCUGCGGUUGGAGGUACUCAUUUCUUUGUUGAUGCCGAAAGAUGAAACGAGCUUCAAAGCAUUGUGACGUAUGACUUCGUCGAGCUGGUGCCAUUCCUCAUGAAGCAUCCGCAAGGAGUCCAGCUCCACUUUUCCCAAUGAUUAGUUGCAAGAUCCAGGUCGGCUCUGGAGGAAACGCAAUCUUGAAGCGGCUGAAUUUGAUCGAAGGUUCCUUCGAUCAAUUUCAGCUUUUGACAAUUCCUGCAGUUGUCCAAGGUUUCCAAUUUCAGCGUUCCGGCAGUUGUCCAAGGUCGGUCACGCGAAGCACGACUUAGAGAAGUACAACCAUUAGAUCGCCUGUCAAUGGCACGCCAUGAUAGCAGUUUACUACAAGUGCCUGCUGGUGUUCGACAUGGUCGUGAUUCCGGACGUGGCUGCUGUCAUCAAGCAACAUUGGGAUGAGCCUGUGUUUGACAACAGUUCGCAGAUCGACCAGGAGGAUGACAACCUCCAUGACGUUAGCAUUGCCUUCAGAAACAUGACUUCGAUCCAAAACUUGAUUGAGAGAAGGUUCCUUCAAUCUGAAACUGAUCAAUUUCAGAUCGAAAUUGAUAGAAGGUUAUUCUCGUCGAGUUAUUUCUGUGUAAAAUUCUGGAUGAAAUUGAUUGAAGAAUCUUCCCGACA